AUGCUGAGCUCUGGGCCUCUGGGCCACAGAAGCCUGCUCUGCCUCACUAAACACGCCGAGGCCAUCAGGCCGUCCCGUCCGUCCAGGACCUGGCCUGCAGGGCCUGAUCUGACCGUCAGACAGGUCCCCACAGGAGCUCUGGGAUGGGAGACGGGGACUCUGUGGAAGCCUCCUCAGGCUGGCUGUGCUCAGGUGGACGGGGUCUGGGACAAAGAGGUGUUUCUCUAUAUGGUGUUCAUGCUUUGUGUGUACAUUUCCCUGGUGCUGACGCUGAGCAGAGUGGGACUGAGCUCUCUGCAGGAUAAGCAGACGGACUUUGGUCUGAGGGUCUUCGCCCAGUUGACCAAGAGCUCUGCAGAGAGAAGCCUGGCCUUCUCCCCAUAUGGAGUGGCCUCUGUCCUGGCCAUGGCGCAGCUGGGUGCAGAUGGAAGCACUUACCAGGCCUUAACUAAUGCUAUGGGCUUUUCUCUGAAAGAGCGGGGCAUGCCCCAGCAGCAGAGGCUGCUGCAGCGCAGCCUGGCCCGGGAGGAGGGCCUGGACAUAGCCAGCGGGGUGAUGGUGGAGAGGAAGAUGAGUCUGGAGAAGGGAUACCGUCGGGCCCUGGCCAAGACCUUCCGAAGCCAUCCGCACCAGGUGGAUUUCACCAACCCGGACCAGGCUGUUGACAUUAUCAACGCAUGGGUGUCGGACCACACCUCAGGUGCUAUCCCUGAGUUCUUGGCAUCCGGAUCUCUGAGUGAUGAGACUCGGCUGGUCAUUCUUAAUGCUCUCCACUUCCAGCACCUAUGGAAGGUUCCCUUUGACCCCAAACUCACACAGGAGAGGCUGUUCCAUUGUGCCAAUGGCAGCACUGUGCCUGUGCACAUGAUGAGACUCACUAACCGCUUCAACUAUGGUGAAUUUGUGACCCCUGAUGGAGUGGACUAUGAUGUGAUAGAGGUGCCGUAUGAGGGGGAUUCAAUGAGCAUGCUGUUGGUGUCCCCCUUUGAGCCGGAGGUUCCACUGAGCGCCCUCAGUGCAGACCUCAGCAGCCUGAGGAUCCAGCAGUGGAGGUCAGAGAUGAAGAACGCCAAGAGACAACUGGCCAUGCCGAGGUUUUCUCUGAGCUCUGAGGUGAAUUUGAAGACUGCUCUGCGUGACAUGGGGCUGGGACACAUCUUCAACCUGGCUACUGCUGACUUCACACGCAUAACCUCGGACGAGAGGCUCUGUGUGUCAAAGGUCCUGCAGAGGGUGAAGAUUGAGGUGAAUGAACAGGGAACCAAAGGAGCAGCAGCAACAGCUGCCAUCAUGUUCUCCAGAAUGGCCGUUGAAGAGAUCACUCUGGACAGACCGUUCCUCUUCCUCAUUCAGCACAAGCAUACUGGUACCAUCCUGUUCAUGGGUCAGUUCAACCAACCUCAAUAACUGGAAGUGAGAAGCCUUGCAUCAUCUCACUGUGUGUGACUACUGCUGCUCAGACCCCCCCAUGACCGCCAGGCACAUCAUCACAAGACCUGCUCAACUCAAAUGUGUUCCACACUGAAAAGACCGAAUCAGAGAAAGUUCCAUUCAGAAGGACUUCAGCUCAAUUUGUGUCAGCACUGUCUGAGACUUCUUUCUUUUUUAACAUAUUCGCUGUUAAUUUCUUUCCCUAAAUAUUUGUCUUGUUUAAAACAAAAGACACCGAUACACCUCUUGGAGAUAUUUUGUGCCUGACAGACUCCUUCCUCUAGUCAUAAAAAAGGAUAUUUUAUUAUCCAUUCUUGCAGGUUGUUAAUGGAGCUGUGUGUUUUUGUCAGUUGUGUUGUUGUUACAAAGCUAUAUUUGUAUUUUUGC